AAGACCACCGCACCCGCCUAACAAACACCAGUGUACUCAGACGCACGCCUGGACGACGAUGGACGCGCCCACCGCCGCCGCCAAGCGCAAGCGCACCGAUGCCGGCACCGACGUCGCCCACGUCGUCGAAGAGGCGUCCGACGCCGAGGUGGAGGAGUUCUACGCCAUCCUCCGCCGCAUGCGCGACGCCUCGCGCCGCUUCGUGUCGCGAGCCGGAGCUGGCGGCCGGGCUGGUCUCGCACGCGCGCCGGCGUGGCGCCCCAGCUUCUCCUGGGAGGACUUCGCUCCACCGGCUGCCCCGGCCACAACGGCGCCGACGCAACAGCAGCAACAGCGGCGGCCAACUGUCGACGAGUGCGUCGCCGAGAACGCCACGCCAUCGCGCGUCACCCUAGACCUCAACGCCGAGCCGGAGCCCGAGGCGCCGGCCACCCCGCGCCCUGAGCGCGUCCACGCGUAGCGACGACGACGUCGCCCGCUCUUACAGUCACCCACCGACGAUAUGUUUUAUCGCCGGCCGGUGCUACGCCUCACAAUCACCGGUCAGGAACAGAAGAUGUGGAAUGCGGGGUCGGUCAAACCGGAGGCCGAUGUCGCCGGCGACUCGCGGGCUCGCGGCCGAUGGAGCCUACGAACUACGAAGACGUGGUUUUGUACAUAGGGUUUGCCCCAUCUCCUUUAACAAAUUCUUUCGGUAAUCAAAACGACGAUAAUGGCAAGGAUGUGGACGAUGGAUCGGACGCGACGCGAUCGUGAC